GUAUAUGUCUUCCUUCCAAGAUCCGCGAACUCCUUUUAGGCAUUUUCAGGUUUCGUACCAUAGAGCCGUCCUAAUGUAGUGGUUGAUUAUAAUUAACUGUUCGAUUCUGUCUCCUUUUCUUCUUUUUGUUCAUCCCACUCGUUAUCUGUUGACUUAGACGUCCUUUCUUUCCUUUCUUUCCCUCUAUUCUGUCGUUCACAGGAGACAUGUACGAUCAUUAAAGCGAAUAAAGGAGUUAUCUCGAUUGUAUCUAUCUUUCAGAUCACAGAGAUACUCUGUCGCUAUCACACUCAUUACGCACAAAUAAACCGCAGAGACGCUUUUCGCUCUAGCGCUACACACUCGUUUCAAACCAUUCAAUCACGUUUCGAAUUUCUUAAUAAAUAAUCCUUCAACCCUCCCAAAAUGGCUCUCAGUCAAAAUGCCGUCAUUAUACUCGUUAUCUGCGGAGCGAUCGGCUUGACUCUCAUCAUAGGCAGUGUCUUCGGCAUGUUCUCCGCCAACGACGACGGGAACGGUAGCUUUCCGACUCCCGGGAAAGACCAGCUCGACUACAUGGCACAGCUGAGAUAUAGACACUUAACUGCGCUGGAGGCUGGAGAACGA